AUGACUAGCGAUUCUGACCUCAAAACCAAUACUAUUUCGUCCACUGAAGGCACAAAUGAUUUAGAAGGCCCUGAAAUAAUCCCCGAUCUCAAUACUGAGUACAUUAGUGCUGAUGUCGAUUUAACUGAGGACCUACCAGAAGAGACAGAAGCGAUUGAUUUGGUACAUUUGAGGAUCCGUUCAAUGGAAGAUCUCGAACUGCAAAGAUUCAAGCAGUUGAAAAGCCUCUGUCUGAGACAAAAUUUGAUCGAGAGUAUGAGCGAGGUGGACGUAUUGCCUGUGGAAACCAUGGAAGACAUCGACCUCUACGACAACAAAAUAAAGCACAUCUCGAACAACAUUAAUAAGCUGGUGAACUUGAAGAGCCUCGAUCUGUCUUUCAACAAAAUAAAGCACAUUAAGAAUCUAGAAAAUCUCACAAAUUUGGAAAACCUGUAUUUUGUGCAGAACAAGAUCGAACAGGUGGAAAAUCUUGAAACCUUAAAAUCAUUGAAGAAUUUAGAACUGGGUGGCAACAAAAUACAAGAGAUCGGAUCAGAGUUUUUCAAGGGCAUGGAAAAUUUGCAAGAAAUCUGGCUCGGCAAGAACAAUAUUCCUAAACUGCUUAACUUGCACCAUUUACAGAGCCUGCGCAUUCUAUCUAUACAAUCAAAUCGCUUGACAAAAAUUGAGGGUCUAGAGGAGCUCUUGAAUCUGGAAGAAUUGUAUCUGUCGCACAAUUUCAUUAAAAAGAUCGAAGGGCUAGAGAAAAAUACCAAACUGACCACGUUAGAUAUCACCUCGAACAAAAUCACUAAAGUGGAAAAUCUGAAACACCUCACGAAUCUCACAGACCUAUGGCUUUCUUUUAACCAAGUUGAUCAAUCAUUUGAGUCCCUCGGAGACGAACUCCGCGACCUCCAAGAAUUUGAAACGAUAUACCUUGAAGGCAAUCCUAUACAAACCAACGCAGGUACUGGAUACAGAAGAAAAUUGGUUCUGAACCUGGGCCCUGGUCUUCAAAAGAUCGAUGCCACGUACAUCCGCGGAUGA